UACGGCCGCUCGGCCGCUGGCCCCGGCGCGCAGCAGCCGCUCCCCCAGCCUCAGCCGCGGCCCGAGCAGUCGCCGCCCCCCGCGCCCCGCGAGCUCCAGGGGCCGCAGCUGCCCGAGGCGGCGGCCGGGGCGACCAGUUAUCGGAGCAGCCCCUGGCAGCAGCCACCUCCGCUGCAGCAGCGGCGGCGAGGACGCGAGCCCGAAGGCACGACGGGGCUCCCCGGCGUCCCCGUGGCCGACGGGGAACCCGAGGAGUCGGACGGGGUCGCGGCUGGGCAACGACGUGGCGGCCGGCCGGGGAGUAGCCACAACGGCAGCGGGGACGGGGGCGCCGCCGCCCCGAGCUCCCGACCCCGGGGCUUCCUGUAUGUGGGGGUGAUGACCGCGCAGAAGUACCUGGGCAGCCGCGCGCUGGCGGCGCAGAGGACCUGGGCGCGCUUCGUCCCCGGCCGCGUGGAGUUCUUUUCCAGCCAGCAGCCCCCCAACGCCGGGCUUGGCCAGCCCCCGCCACCCCUGCCUGUCAUCGAGCUGCCGGGGGUAGACGACUCCUACCCUCCCCAGAAAAAGUCUUUCAUGAUGAUCAAGUACAUGCACGACCACUACCUGGACAAGUAUGAGUGGUUCAUGCGCGCCGACGACGACGUCUACAUCAAAGGUGACAAGCUAGAAGAGUUUCUCAGAUCACUGAAUAGCAGCAAGCCCCUCUACCUGGGCCAGACUGGCCUGGGGAACAUUGAGGAACUUGGAAAGCUGGGGCUGGAGCCUGGGGAGAACUUCUGCAUGGGAGGGCCUGGCAUGAUCUUCAGUCGCGAGGUUCUCAGGAGGAUGGUGCCGCAUAUCGGUGAAUGCCUCAGAGAAAUGUACACGACGCACGAGGACGUGGAAGUAGGAAGAUGUGUUCGACGUUUUGGUGGGACUCAGUGUGUCUGGUCUUAUGAGAUGCAGCAGCUGUUCCAUGAAAAUUAUGAACACAACCGAAAGGGUUACAUCCAAGAUCUUCACAAUAGCAAAAUCCAUGCAGCCAUAACGCUUCAUCCCAACAAAAGGCCUGCCUACCAGUACAGGCUCCAUAACUACAUGCUCAGCCGCAAAAUUUCAGAACUUCGCUACCGCACCAUCCAGCUCCACCGGGAGAGCGCGCUGAUGAGCAAACUCAGCAACAGCGAAGUGAGCAAAGAGGAUCAGCAGCUGGGAGUGGUGCCGUCGUUCAACCACUUCCAGCCUCGUGAGAGAGAUGAGGUGAUAGAAUGGGAGUUCCUGACGGGAAAGCUCCUUUACUCGGCCUCGGAGAACCAGCCCCCUCGGCAAAGCAUGAGCAGCAUCCUCAGAACGGCGCUGGAUGACACCGUCCUCCAGGUGAUGGAGAUGAUCAACGAGAACGCCAAGAGCCGGGGACGGGUCAUUGACUUCAAGGAAAUUCAGUAUGGCUACCGCAGGAUCAACCCCAUGCAUGGGGUGGAGUACAUUUUGGAUUUACUCCUCUUGUACAAAAGACACAAGGGGAGGAAAUUGACUGUGCCGGUGAGGCGCCAUGCUUACCUUCAGCAGCUGUUUAGCAAACCUUUCUUCAGAGAAACUGAAGAGCUAAACGUCAACAGCCUCGUGGAGAGUAUUAACAGUGACACUCAGUCAUUGUCCUUUAUCUCUAACUCUUUAAAGAUACUGUCUUCUUUUCAAGGUGCCAAAGAAAUGGGAGGGCACAAUGAAAAGAAAAUACACAUUCUCGUCCCUCUCAUUGGAAGGUAUGAUAUUUUCUUGAGAUUCAUGGAGAACUUUGAAAACACUUGUCUUAUCCCAAAGCAGAAUGUAAAACUGGUCAUCAUCCUUUUCAGUAAGGAUUCUGGCCAAGACUCCCACAAGCAUAUCGAGCUGAUAAAGGAGUAUCAGGACAAGUAUCCGAAGGCAGAAAUAACCCUUAUCCCCAUGAAAGGAGAGUUUUCCAGAGGUCUUGGUCUUGAAAUGGCUGCCUCCCAGUUUGACAAUGAUACUUUGCUGCUAUUUUGUGACGUUGACUUGAUCUUCAGAGGAGACUUUCUCCAACGAUGUAGAGACAAUACAAUUCAGGGACAACAGGUGUACUACCCCAUCAUCUUUAGCCAGUAUGACCCAAAGGUAACCAAGGACAGAAAUCCUCCUGCUGACGAUGACUUUGUCUUCUCCAAGAAGACUGGAUUUUGGAGAGACUAUGGCUAUGGAAUUACCUGUAUUUAUAAAAGUGAUCUUCUGGACGCAGGUGGAUUUGAUACCUCAAUACAAGGCUGGGGACUGGAAGACGUAGAUCUCUACAAUAAAGUUAUUCUAUCUGGCUUAAGACCCUUCAGAAGUCAAGAAAUAGGAGUAGUGCAUAUUUUCCAUCCAGUUCAUUGUGACCCUAACUUGGACCCUAAGCAAUAUAAGAUGUGCUUAGGAUCCAAGGCAAGUACUUUUGCCUCAACCGUGCAACUGGCUGAACUCUGGUUGGAAAAACAUUUGGGUGUCAGGUACAAUCGAACUCUCUCCUGACAGUCCAGGCAACACAUAUUGCCUUUUUAAAGGGGAGUUUACCUCAUUGUUGGUUGUUGUUAUUUUUAUUUUAUUAUUGUUAUUUUUAUUAUAAUUAUUAUUGUCAUAAUUUUAUUUUGUUGCCCUGGUCUUAAACUACUCUUGGUUGUCUUCCAAAGGGUGUUUGACCUCAAGCAAGAAGAGUCUGCAGUUCACUGAGUUUUCAGAUUUCUACUGAAGUCAAUAUAUGUAUUACUUUUAUAUAUCUUUAUUUGAGAUUGAGUUAAAUCGUGGCAAUCAAAUGACUUUCGAAGCUCAUUCAUCAUGAGAGACAGCUUGGAAGAAUGUUCUCUGGGGGCUUAUAGUUGCAAUAUCGACUUUUAUUUUGUUUGUCAAAUUCAAUGUGAUACAAAUAUUUACUGGUGAAAGGUACCACAAAAGUGCUUUAUGCUUCCUAUGGGGAAGGGACUCUGUAACAUAAACUUGAGUUUUGUAAUUUAUACAAGGACUUAAAUAUAUAGACAAUAAUUUUCUUCAUCUUUAGAAUUUUUAAAGUAAAUGAACACUUAUGAUUGUAUGUUUAUUUUUUAAAAAAAUGUUUUAAAAAUUGAGGAGUUUUGUUCCACAAGCAACCGGUACUGGCUACCCUGGUCUUAAGAAUAUUAUGUACUCCUCACAACUGUCUGCUAAAAAUGCGAAUGAACUUUAUUUUCUCAAGGAAAUAUGAUUUAAUUAAAUAUUCAUGUACAUUUUAGAAGCUUUAUGAAACAAUGUCCUUCAUUUGCUGGCAAGAAGAUAAAAUAUGACAGAACCUGGUUAUUUAUAAUAAAACACAGGUAUAACAGUAUUCUUUUUCAAAAACAUUGAAAA